AUGGCCAGUGAUGAAGACGCUUGGAUCAUGUGCGGUAUGCGAGCUGACGCAUAUACCGAAACAGACGGUGGCAGGGUUCUUGGGUUUGUGCGGGCGGACGAUCUCCUGGAGCCUGUGCUAAGCCGGAACCUCAACGGCGAGAUAUCAGAGGAGCUUGACCCUGGUGUGAUUUGUCGCGUUAUCUGCCGCUGGCGUUCUCGCCAAGAUGAAGAACACGCGGUAGAGACGCUUGUAAAGGAGGUACGGAAUUCUGCAAACAAUCAAGAGAAAUGGUUGGAUAUGGCCACUACUCUGCCAAUCCUACAUCUUAAGUCUUCACCAUGUGAUUGGGAGCAAUCAGUCGUAUCUGGACAUCCUACACAUCCGUUACACCGAGCCUGCCUUGCCCAGUCACCCCUAGAUCCCAUCAUGCCUGAUGAUAUCCCUUAUCUACUAGAACCCGAACUAUCAUUCCUCUGCGUUCCAAAGUCAGACAUGAAAGUCUUCGGGCCAUUCCAGUCACUUCUGGACCCACUCAUAACAUCUCUUGGGAUUCCCAAGCCUGAUGAUACAAUCAACGAGAUCGUCAUACCUUGUUUCAGUCGCCAACUCCCAGCUAUCACGCCACUAUUCCCGAAAGCACGCAUUCUGAGGGCUGUCCAAAACCGUUGCCGAGCACAACUCUCCAUGCGGACUGUCUCUAUGAUGCCAGACGUGGGCGGCUCCCGGUUGCACCUGAAGCUAUCACUGAACUGCCAAAUCACAUCUCGUCUGAGGACCAUAUCCCCCGAUGCUGCAGCCUUGGCACCCGCAGUUGGGAAGAUUCUUCAAGAUUUACUUCCCCAGGAUUUAUGGAUAUUUGAAGAAGCAGCCUCCGUUACAGGUGCUCAGAAAGACUUCGAUAAAGCCUGCCAAUUAACAUGCAUUAUCCGAAAGAGCCCAGAAAAACGAGCGGCGGACAUCGGGGAGACACUCAUCCCCGUUGCGGGACUCCUGCAGAAACCUCUGUACGACGAUCGAACGUACAUGGAGAUUAUAUUUAGUCUUGAUGACUUGAAGGAAAAGCAAGCCUGGUUCAGAAAAUACCUCACCAAAUUAUUCUCCCUCAUUUUCCCCCCUAUGAUUCGCCACGGAAUCUACUUCGAAGCUCAUAGCCAAAAUAUCCUCGUCCGCGUCAAUCUCACAAGCAAGGAGAUAAGCGGGUUCGCGCUUCGCGACUUUGACGGUAUCGGAAUCCAUUGUCCUACGUUUCUUCGCCAUCCCAACAACAAGAAUGCCCUCAAAGAAAUACCCCCCGGUGCACGUACUCUUACUGAUAACUUACCUAGAAUGUGGCAGUUAGUGCAUCAUGCCCUUCUCCAGGUACAUGUGGGUCACCUCUUAUACAUGUUGGGAUUAGAAUCGAGGGGCGGAUGGCGUAUUGUGCGUGAAGAACUAGAGAGGGCGCUGAACCCUUCCGGAGAUCCAGAUGGUCGGGCACUGUAUGACUACUGGUUGAAAGAGACGAUGUUGUCUAAGUGUUUUCUGGAGAUGCGGUUGCGGGAUGCGCAUGCGAAGAAAUAUGAGAGGGAAAUGCCGAAUAUUCUCCUCCGCGACGCUUGA